AUGGCGACCCCCUCAACAGACCACAUCCGCUCCCUCCAAGACGAAACCUCCAUCUACAAAGCCUUCGACACAUACCCCUGGAAAAAAGACACAACCUUCCUCUCCGGCCUCUCCGCCAUCCUCGGCCCUCCCACCAGCACAUCCGGCUCCCCAUCAGACAUGGCCAUCCACGCCCGCAUAUUCUACUACGCUCAGCGCAUAGGCGUCCAAAUCGACUUUGCCAAAUACACAGACUGGCUGGCCAGAAACCCCAGUCACAAACCGCCCCAGGUCCUACCCGAGGAAUACCAAACUUCGACUGAAGAGCCCCUCCUCCCCUGGCAACAAGCCGCUCCCAAGGCUGACCUCUACGUUGAUCGCAAGGCCGCGGCGGAUGAGAAUGCAUCUGGCGAUCAGCCCAGUUAUCCGAUGGGCUUUGCCGAGAUGCUCAAGUUGUUGCAGGAGGGGAAACCUAUUCCGGGUAUAAGACAGAUCCCCAAUACCAUUGCCCGAGAUCCCUCUGUAAAGCCCGUCGGCUCCAGGGCAGCUCCCAAGAAACCCUGGGAAAAGGACACUCCUCAGGUGGCUCCAGAACUCAGCCUUCCAAAGGCUCUUGACACCGACUUCCCCCCGCUUGACGCCGACCCGGCUGAAGCGUCAUCAUCAACAGAACCUGUGGCUUCAUGA